CUUCCCCCAUUUUUCCCCCCCGGUCAAGUGGUGCGCCAAAGUCAUCCAGGCAAGACGCUUUUGCGUAUCAUGGGUUAUUAAAAUUAGAAUAGGAUAGUAUCUGCUGCUAUCCUGGAAAAUCUUGAGGUGGACCUCCUCAGGCGAACUUUCCACACAGAAGAACGCUCGCUUGCCCCUUCUCGAUAAAAAGGGCGUCUUUCCUCGCCCCGUCCUUUCGCUCGUUCUCGUCUUUCUCCGUCUGUUGAGAAACCUCUGUGUCAGAGGGGAGAGAGGUCUUCUCUCAAGAUUUAGAUUUAGCUGUGUGUGUGUGUGUGUGUGUCUCACUCUCCUUAUAUUCCUGGAGGUUCUUGAGUUGAGAGCUUCCAUUUCACUGCUCUUUCUCUCUGCUUUAUUCCCAAACUUGCAGAUAUUCUUUCAUCUUGUUCUCUCCUUUUGGGUUUUGCUUGGUUUGAUGCCAGCAGAGAAAGAGAGAGAGAGAGAGAGAGAGAAUCAGUAGCCGAAAAUGGACCAGAGCAUCCUAUGCCCCAUCAAGUACACCGAGCACCGAAGCCUCACCAGGAAACUCCUCUCCAAGCACCCCAAGAACGACGCCCCCAAUCCGCCCAGGACCGUACGGAUAUCGGUGACCGACCCGUACGCCACGGACUCGUCCGACGACGACGAGGAGGCGGGAGACGCCGAGUCGCUCUACCGCCGCCAGCGCGUGAAGCGCUAUGUCAGCGAGAUCAAGUUCGAAGCUGCCUCCGGGAACGGCUUUGGCUCCAGCAGUGGCGGCCGCAGGAAGAGCUGCUCCGGCGGCGACUCGGCCCCCGCUGAUCGGAGGACGCGGCCCUCGCUGAAGGUCUCGUCGGCGGCGGGCGGGAAGAAGUUCCGCGGCGUGCGACAUCGGCCGUGGGGGAAGUGGGCUGCGGAGAUUCGCGACCCCGUGCGCCGCGUGCGGCUGUGGCUGGGCACCUACGACACCGCGGAGGAGGCCGCCAUGGUCUACGACAACGCCGCGAUCAAGCUCCGCGGCCCCGACGCCUUGACCAACUUCUCCACGCCGUCGCCGAGCAAAGACCCCUCGCCGGAGAAUGAGAUCGUGGCGGCCUCCUCCGUCUCCGGCUACGACUCCGGAGAGGAGUCUCACAACCUCUUGUCCCCGACUUCCGUCCUCCACUUCCGGACUCGCUCCAAUAACAGUGCUGAGGCCGAGUUCCGUCAGGACCCGGCCGGACCGCCGGCUCAGGAGCCGGUCGAUGAAGCUCGCGACGAUCUGGAGUGUGAGGGGGAGACGAGCUUGGCCGAUUCGAACGACUACUGGCGGCUGGACUUGCCGUUCCUCGACGACAUCUACAGCUACUUCGAUCCUCUGAUGGAGUCGUCGCUGUUCGAGGACACGCACAACGCCGCCCUCCCGGAGAGCAGCAUGCUGAGCCUGAGCGAGGACCUGAGCGACGUGUUCCUCGACACGAUGUCGUCGGACGACUUCGGGUCACUGCCGAUGGACAUAUGCCAGGUCGACGACUACUUCGAAGAGAUCGGGGAUUGGUUCUCGUCGGACCCUCUCGCCGUACUUUCAGCGUGAGAGAGAGAGAGAGAGAGAGAGAGAGAGAGACCGAGUUUUUCGUAACGAACAGUGUUGUUUUGGAGUGAGCGUAGCCGUCGUUGACCUGCCGGAUUUUGGCAGAUUUUCCACCGGCGGCGAAGAAAUCCCCGGCGAGUUCGUUUAUCAUGAGUCUUGUGUUGCCGAGAUUUUGAUUGUGUACUAUUUUCCCGGGAAUAAUAAUGAAAAAGUCGCAAGUGUAUGUUGGCCUUGUUAA